AUGUUCGCUUCUGGGCUUCCCGCGAGUGCCCCCGCGAUACCGAGAACAUCAGCCGCGGGAGAGCCGGGAGUUCUAGUACCAAGAUGCUGCCUCAUCUGCAAAACCGUCGUCGAGUACGAAGAGCUCCGCAAUUGUACAUACUGCGGACGGCCCGAAGACUUCUUCUGCAUUAGGUUCUGCUCAGAUCCCCAGUGCCAUACCGCGAAUUGUUCCAACCAUGCAUCUUGUUGGGAUACGCACCUUCCGGGUCAUGCAUCCGUUCGAGAACUCCAUCAAGUUGUAGAUCCUCUUCCCCAGCUAUACGUCAAUGCUGUGACGUACUCCGAAAAGGAUGCGCCCACACAAGAAGCAUUGCAUGAAGACGACCGCAUCGCACAAUGGUUCACCAUUCGGCCUGACGCAUCGGAAACAGGCGUCCUGCGGCUCUAUGUUUCUGAUCGAUUCCAACAACUGUGCAAUCCUGGCAUCUCGGAUAACAGAUGGGCCUCGAACCAGUAUCCUAGCUUUGUGUCAUUCAUCGGAGAGACCUGCGUCGGAAAAUCUACCCUUCUCCGGGCCAUGCUUCUGAUGGGGCACGUGAAUGCCAAGGGCCUCUUAGCAUCAAACACCAAACUCACCGAGGAUCAGAGGGUUGUGCUCUUGAAGGAAGUACUCGCAGCUCAAGUACAUGGUCCAGUCACGAGAUCAGCGAAUUUGUCUCACUUGACAGAUCCUACAAGUUUGGGUGUACACCUCUACAAGGAUGUGACAGCUAGGCCAGCAGACUUCGAUUCUCAGAGUCGUAGUGCUGCCAACCGUUCAAUGCCCAUUUUGUUUGCAGAUUGCGAAGGGUUCCGCGGCGGAUGGGUCAAACGCGCCAAACCAAGCCCAGCAGCCCCUCGAAGGCCGUACGAUCGCGGUUCACAUCCAGGACGCAUUCAGACGCACGAUGGCUAUACCGUUACGAACCGGUAUAGUCAAAUCACGAACAUGAUAUCCGAUCUGCCAAUCCAAGCAAGAAGCUACUCCGAGUGUGGCAAGGAUGGUGCCGACCUGUUUUACGCUAGGUUCUUGUGUGCAAUCAGUGGCGUGCUAGUCUUUGUUACGAAAAACGAUACAACUUUUCAUACGGAGAUGCAAAGAGUGUUGGAAUGGGCGGUGUCAGCUCUAUAUCAGUCCGUCAACCACGUCGCUCAGAAAACUCUCAUCAUCGUGCGCAAUAUGCCAGGGUUCCACGCAGCGAAGCUCUACAACGAACAGACCUUAAAGAGCGCCCUCUUCGACAACUUGGAGCCCCUUUGGCAGGAUUCACCUCUGCUUCGAGAGUUCUUAAGCAAGUACAACUUAGGACAUGCUCGGGAGGCCCAUAAGAUCAAGGCGAACGAUGAGUUGCUUAAGAUAUUCUUCCACGAAGUCAAAGUAUGCUACAUCCCCGAUAAGGCUCGAGCGCCUACCUCGGAGGCCUUUGAGCAAUACCGACAGCUCCGAUCGCAGAUCGAACGGGCUUCCCAAGGAGCACAAGAGAUAAGACAAAAGUCUUGGACCCAAUAUAACGUCCCAGCGCUCUCCCACAUCCUCAACCGAGCCUUUGAACAUUUUCGGACAUCCGAUGACCCGUUCGACUUCUACACAGCUGCUCGAAAUGAUAAUCCAAGCCCGGUCUCAAUUUCCGAUCACAUCGCAAACUUCCUACGCCAUUUGCAACAGCUGUCCAGCAUCGAACCAGGAAUGCAGUCUCGGGUGAUUUCUCUUUGCCUUGUCACAUGGGCCCUCCGACACUUCAGACAAGUGGUUGAGCCAGUUGAUAUCUAUUAUCGCGAUAUGAAGGAUUGUAUUCAAACUGCGCUCAAGAAGUUCGCGGACGUGCACGAGCAAUGCGCGUUUACGUUUCCUCGCGGAUCGGCCUGCAUUGUGCGACGUCUCACUCACGAUCAACAUUGCGAUGAACAUGGCACCAGACAAGCGGGGUUGUUUCAAGUUUCUGGUCUUGUUGAACGCGAUAUACUGGACAGCAUUCAAGACCAGUUCAUCAAACAAUACCGACACAUCUGCACAUUCGCACGCUCAAGCCCCGAACUUCCAACCCGCGACCAGUCAAGUCAACAGCGGCAAGAGGUGUUGCAAGAAUAUGCCGAUGUGUGGAAAGUUUUCCGGAGUAACAAGACCUGUUUAACUUGCUUGCAAGCGGUACCCGACCAUGUUCUCGCUUGCGGACACGCGUACUGCGUUCGAUGCGUACAAGAACUCGGAAGGCCAUCUAGAGCCUUUGAAAGUGCUUGGAUCAUGGAUCGGUGCGUCCUUUGUUCCCGGUAUUGGCCUGAACACGGGAAACUCGUGCGUUUGAAACCUAGGUGCGCCGGUGUCCGAGUACUUACGUUAGACGGUGGGGGCAUCCGGGGCAUUAUCGAGAUUGCGCUGCUGGAAAAGCUCCAUUCUCGCAUCGGCCUUGACGUCCCGCUUCGAGACUUUUUUGAUCUUGUCGUGGGUACUAGUACUGGAGGUAUCAUUGCACUGGGUCUGACAGAGACGAACAUACCUAUCGCAAAGAUGAAAACAGAAUUUCUCGAACUGGCUAAGGCGACAUUCGAAACGCAACGAGGCGGUUUUGGCAAAGUCGACCCCUUUAAGCUAACAGCAAGGUUCCUGAUGAUAUUGCACAUCACGGAGAGCAUCUAUCGAAGGACUCCUCUCCGGAAUAGUCUGAAGAGACUUUUCGGUGAGAACACCAGACUUUUCUCUCACAGUAGCCGUUCAGCUCGUGUAGCCGUCACGUCAACCAAAGACAAGGCUGCCAAUCGUUGUCUUAUAUCGAAUUACAACAGACCGUCACUUGAUGAAGCGGACGACUUCGAACGUGAGGACGAGGACACUAAAGAGAUGAACGUUUGGGAAGCUGGACUGGCUACCGCAGCGGCCCCCUUCUAUUUCCGGGCGUACUCCAAGCCAGAGACGCAGAAGGACUACAUUGACGGUGCCCUGCAUUCUAACUUCCCGGGCAUGUAUGCGCUCGAAGAGGUGAACAGGAUAUGGGCAAUCGAACAUGCUAAGACCCCAACCCUUGAUUUUCUGUUGUCCGUAGGUACCGGUCUGCAGGACAGGGAGGUCAAAAUUCCAACACCUCUGCGAAUUGGCGGAUUUGAUGCUAUCUGCACCACCUUUCACAACAAUCUUAACAGCGAGCGCCUCUGGCGAGAGUUCCACGACAACCCUGGCAUACCAGCACGAGUUCGACGAAACAGCCAUCGCCUGAAUGCGAAGAUCAUGGGAGAGUACGUCAAUCUGGACGAUUACCGGAAAAUGAAAGACCUUGACGCCAUGGUCUCAGAUCAAAUGCGCAGUGACUGCGGGAAACUGCCAGACUUAGCAUCGCAGAUUGCGAACCUGGCUGAGAUCCUGGUUGCGAAUCUGUUCUUCGUCGAGCCGGAUGAAGAUCCUGCUGCCGCCAGAUCCGCUAAGAAAGCCUUGUCGCCGUCGCAACAUACGUUUUUCGGCUCCAUUAGGUGCCGCUUGCCCUUCAACAGUCCUGGGCUCAAAGCACUCGUCAACAAAGUUCGAGGCUUCUACCACGCGGAAAAUCCUCGCCACGGCAAUGAAGGCUUGAACCGACUAGACUGGAAGGAGAUACCGUUCACAUCCGAGCAGCGUAACGGUGUCAGAACGCAGAAAAAAUGGUUCGCAGUCGACUUCAUGAUAUCCACGUUUGACCCCAAUGAUACUGAGCAGGUGAUUGCAGUCGCAUUCAAAGACCAAGCACAAGACAUGCGGCGCUCCAUCAGCGGCUUCCCUAUUACUCUGAAAGAGCUGAAGAUCAAAGCUGCGGGAAGGGCGAUAUAA